AUGCGAUAUUGCUUUCAGUACACAGAUAAUGGCCAGGGCUUUCCUGGUCAAGAUGUUACAGUCACACCUGUGACCACCAGUGCCAAUGACAGGACCACCACAGUGGAGCACCUUGCAAAGUCGUUGCUGUGGCAGUCGCUGCCACCACGGGAUAGAGAAGACGUGCGAUUUCCCUGUGACAUCUGCCACAAAGACUUUUCAACGGCUUACACGAUGCGCCGGCACCGCGUCAUUCACAACCCCAAUUUUCUGAAGCACCAGUGUGAAUAUUGUCCCCGAAGGUUCAACUGGAUCGACAACCUUCGCUCUCACAUGCAAGGUGUGCAUGGUGUCAUCUUGCAGCAGGGCCAAAGGGGACGGCCGAGAUAUCGUAACCGUGGCAGCCCCGACCAUCACACCUCAAGUUGA